AUGACCUCUCGUCACAAUCUCAAACGAAAGUUAGGAGACCUCGGUGUCGACUUGUCCAGCAAGAGAGCGACAGAGAACUUCUGUCUGAUUGGAACUCCUCUUCCACCGUUGGAGAAGGCAAAGGAUGAGUUUGUACCGUUGUGGAAACAAGAGGUGAGAGAUGAGAAGGGAAGAAGGAGGCUGCAUGGGGCCUUCACUGGUGGCUUCUCUGCUGGAUAUUUCAACACAGUCGGCUCGAAAGAAGGAUGGACUCCCUCAACAUUCGUAUCUUCCCGAAGCAACCGCGCAAAAAUCAAGGAAUCCAGACCAGAAGACUUCAUGGAUGAAGAAGACCUCGCAGACCUUGCUGAAAGUCGCAAACUAGUCAGCACGAACGAGCAAAUGGACUUUACCACCGCCUCCGGUGGUCCCAGUGCAUCCGCACUAGGCGGUGGUAUACUAGACAACGAUCCGAUCGCUGCAACACUCCAAACAGCGUUUCAACCACUCGGGAAUGACUCGGCUGGAGCGAAGAUAUUGAAGAAGAUGGGGUGGAGGCCUGGUCAGGGCAUUGGUCCUCGGGUUAGCUUGAAGGAGAGGAAGAGGCAGGACGAGGAGGCAUUUGACCCUUAUACGGGGUUGAAACAUACCGGGCAGUCAUUGAGUGUUGCAGAGGACGAUGAAGAAGCUAGCAAGCAUACCUACCCUCGACGAGACAUACCGGUUUUACACGUCUCGCGCAAGGAGAACCGACACGGUCUGGGAUACAAGCCUGGGAUGUCGCUGAACGAUAGUCUCGGUAGGAAGGCCGAAGGACAAGGACCUUCAGGACCUCGGAUAGCAGCUGGAUUUGGACUGGGAGCGCUGAACGAUGCUGACGAGGACGACCUCGAUAUCUACGAUUCCUCUUCCACUACCAGGAAUAGGGUUGCGUUCGACCAUCUGGAUCACGACAGAGAAGAGACAAUGACUAUCAGUGGAAGAGCCGAACGCGGUCCCAGGCCUAAACCUGGCGCAGCAAAGCCCGAUCAAUUCUUCCCCGACGGCACUCCAGUGGUCACUGGGUUCACCAUCUCCAAUGAACCUGUCAUGGAAGACAAAUGGUUUCCAGGUCCGGAGGUUCCUCCUGGAUGGAAACCCGAUCCGCGAAGGGUUUGGGAUAGUGGGCCGGACAAGGAGAAUCUACGAAAGCCUUUGGAAGCCGCCAAGAAGGAUCGUGCAGGGAGGCCAGAGCUGUCUGCUCAUGAUCGUGCCAACAUAUUAGGAGAGACACCCCUGCCUUCGACAGGCACUCGUUCCGUGUUCGAGUUCAUGUCCGCAAAGGACAAAGAGCGAAUCCAACGUAUCGCAGCGGGUGGCCUGCAAGCUGCAUCUCCCAGUCCAUCGUCCGGAGGUCCCAUUGGUCCCAAACCGCCCCUUCCCGUACCUACAGUGGACCCCCAAGCAGCCCAGGCAGCACUAAAAGGUUUCCAACCAUUCACAUCCGACCCCGCCAAACAAGCACGCUACACCGCCUACCUCCAUUCCCAAGCCACGCCCGACUCUGCUCCUCCUCUCAAGCCCCUCCCGGGCCAAGACGACGAGACCUUCCUCAAAGAACUCGAAGACUACUCCAAAGCUGCGCAACUUUUCAAACCCAUCUCGGGUGCCAUGGCGGGAAGGUUCACCAGUGCUGCGGUGUACGAAGCCGGGCCCAAAAUCCACGAAGGGUUGCACCAGCCCUCUGCCGAAGAACUUGCACAAAAGGAAGAAGAGAAGAAGAAAGAAGAGGAGGCGAACGUGAGUCCGAAGGUGCAUGCGGCGAGGAUGGGGAUGUAUGGUCCUAUGACGAGGGAGACGUCGGUGUGGAUGCCUGCGCCGUUGCUCUGUAAGAGGUUUGGUGUCAAACCUCCGAACCCGACUGUGGAUGAUGAUGUUAUGGCUGGGACGAGUGCGAAGAUGUCGUUUGAGACCAAGUCGUUUGAGCAGGAGGUUGCUGCUGCUGCGUCGAGUUCUGCUUAUGCGACUGGGAGUGGAGGUGCAACUAGUGUGGCAGGGACAUCGACCAAUGACUUGCCGAGGAGACUGGAGAAUAUUGGUUUGGGCGAGGAUGAAACUCAGGGAGCGGAUAUCCUAACGUAUGAAAGGCCGUCCAUGGAUAUCUUCAAGGCCAUCUUUGCAAGCGAUGAUGAAGACAGCGACGAUGAGCCAGAGAAGGAAGAGGAACCUGAAGAAAAACCAGCGGCCAAACCAACGGUAGUGGAAGACACGGGUCCUGUCGAUCUCGCCACGUUCAAACCGACAUUCAUUCCUCGAGAUGGCAAGGGCAAAGCGAAGGAUGACGGGAAGGGCAAAGAAAAGAAAGAAAAGAAGGAAAAGCAAGAAAAGAAGAAAGCUGCUAUGUUGUCGUUUGCGGUGGAUGAAGAAGACGGGGAGCCGAACCUUGGGCAACCGACAAAGGAGAGGCCGAAGAAAAAGCGAAAGGAUAAGGAGAAGAAAGUGGAAAAUAACGACGAGGGGAUGUUCAUUGAUCGGCCAGCGGAGAGCGUACCUGUCACUAUUCCAACACGGCCAGUGCAGUCUGUGAGCGCUACACCCGAACCUCCAACGAAAGUAGACGCCGGACAACAGGCGCCUAUUCCAAAAGGUCGAAAGAGGGCAAUAGAUUUCUUAGAUGACUAG